AUGAAUGGCUUCGAAAAACAAAGCCUGGACCAAGAUGCCUUCGGCGACAAGGGUCUAGCAGGUCUCAAGACCUUCGAUGCCUUCCCAAAAACAAAAGCCUCCUACACAACUCCAACCCGCUCCGGCGGCCAAUGGACCGUCCUAAUCCUCUGCAUAUGUACCUUCUUCAGCUACUCCGAAUUAAAAACAUGGUGGCGCGGAACCGAAAACUACCACUUCAGCGUUGAGAAGGGCGUCUCCCACGAUCUCCAACUAAACCUCGAUAUCGUCGUCGACAUGCCCUGCGAAAACCUCCGCGUCAACAUCCAAGACGCCGCCGGCGAUCGCAUCCUCGCAGGCGAACUCCUCAAACGCGAUGACACAAACUGGCAGCUGUGGAUGCAGCAGCGCAAUUACGAAUCUCACAACAGCCACGAGUACCAGACUCUAUCCCACGAAGACGCGGAUCGUCUCGAUGAGCAAGAGGCCGAUUCUCACGUCGGCCAUGUUCUCGGCGAAGUGCGCCACAACCCUCGGCGCAAGUUCCCCAAGGGUCCGCGCAUGCGCCGAGGUGAUAAAGCCGACGCUUGUCGCAUCUACGGCAGUCUGGAGGGAAAUAAGGUACAGGGUGAUUUCCAUAUCACGGCGCGUGGCCAUGGAUACAGUGAGAAUGCGCCGCAUCUCGACCAUGGAUCAUUCAACUUCUCGCACAUGAUCACCGAGCUCUCUUUCGGUCCCCAUUAUCCGAAUUUGAUGAAUCCGCUGGAUAAGACUAUUGCGGAAAGUGAUUCGCACUACUAUAAGUUCCAGUACUUCCUCUCUGUUGUGCCGACGAUAUACAGUCGGGGCAAGGGUGCGUUGGAGGCGUAUGCGCGCGCCCCUGAGAAGCGAGGUCGCAAUACCGUCUUCACGAACCAGUAUGCUGCGACUAGUCAGUCUGGUGCAAUUCCCGAGUCGCCUAUGGUUACGCCGGGUAUUUUCUUCAAGUAUAACAUCGAGCCGAUCCUACUGCUGGUUAGCGAGGAAAGAGCCGGGUUCUUGUCCUUGGUCAUCCGUGUGAUCAAUACUGUUUCCGGUGUGCUCGUUACUGGCGGUUGGUUGUACCAGAUUACUUCUUGGGUUGGGGAUGUUUGGGGACGGAGGAAGAACCGGUCGUCUGAGGGUUAUUUGACGGGCAAAUCUGCCGAGUAG